ACGAGGGGGGGGGCAGGGAUGGAGGGGGCAAGUGAGAAUGAGGCAGGAGGAUGACGGCGCCGCUCCUUGGCAGGGGAGGUUCCAGACAGAGAGGGAGGACCUGGCGCGCUGCUUAAAGACAGGAUUGGAAGCCUCCUGUGGCCUAACUGCCACUCAACUAUCUCUAUCCCCCUUCUCUCCAGCCCCCCGAUUCCAUUCUUUACGAAGACAGGAGGGUGCAGACGGGCAAGCGGGACAAGCACUCAGGCAGAUCCCGAGUCGGCGAGAUCGCUAGGGAAUGUUAGCAAGUGAAAGGAAAGAAGGGAGAGACGCGGUCGAGACGGGAUCAGUUUUCAACAUAUUCAUUUUCCUCUCCCGCCCGCACCUACUCACUUAGACACAGGGCCAGGCGAGCGGCGGUGCAUCCAGUCUUGUGGCGGAGCAACUUCCCUGUGAUGACAGAGUGCAGCUCUCCCCCACACACGGCUCUCUCCUAGAGGGCGACUGCAGUGUCGGCACAUCUAUGUUUGUCUUUAGAACUUGUGGGACAGUGUUGUCACGGCUCUUGCUGACCAGCCCCUACACCCUCGCCUGCUGACCGUCUGGACACGCUUGUACAAGGUUGGGUGGAGAGAGAGGAUACCAGGAGUACAUCGAUGACAGUGGGACGGGCCGGCGAUGUGUGGACAAAGAUGACACACUGACCGUUGUGAACUGUCAAGGGGAAGACCAUCCUUGUUCUGAGACCGUUGUAUCACGGCUCCCUCGCAGCAUGCGCGGUGCAGAAAGAUAAUUAGUGCACAGAUCGGAGGGCUGAUGACCGCUUGACUGGCGCCACGGCCAAUAGCUUCAGUCUUACGGGUCAUCUCCCCUCAACAUCACUCAAGCGGGACUCUUCUGUUCCCGAGAAACUUCUCCCAGUGUCAUAUCUUUCUUGGCAUCAAUACAUACAUCUUUCCUCAGUUAUUUUUUCUUUGAGACGAAACAGAUAUUGUAGCCUUAGCUGAGCAGUUUAGGUCAGACAGGUGAUCUAGUUUACUGAUUAAGGAGGAAUCAUUGCUGACCAAGCAGGACGGGAAGUUGCUAUCGGAACAAAUGGAAUACUAGUCAUCAAGAGAAGGAUAUAACCACAUAACCCUAUGACCCCAUGGGCGUUCUUUCCCAGUGACAUCGAUCAAAGUCACUUGUUAUAAUAGUUCAAAGGUCACAGUACUGACAAGCCUCUGACUUCCCAAGCAGGACGAGGGCACAAUGAUGACAUAUACUGCUGCAGACCGCUAGAAGGACUGUGUCUUGUAUGGAACCGGGCAAAGAACAUAGAUGACACACUGUGAACACAGUGAACAGAUGAUAUAAAACACUCAUCGCGGAAUCGACAGUUUUCGUCAUUUUACUCAGAGGUUUACUGGUCAAGGGACUGGGCCUAUGAACAAUUGGGCCUAAAAUCAGGGAGGCCCCACACAUCAGGGCCGAAGCAUUGGGCCCACAGACAUGAGCAGCUACAGUCUCACUUCAGCAGCAGCAGCAGCGGCAGCAGCAGCGGAGACAGUCCCUCACCUUCAUCUCCACCAUCACAACCACCACAGUCAGUACCCGCUGAACCACCAGCAGCAGGACUCGGCGGCAGUGGGGGCGGCGGCCACGCCCUUCACCCCGUCCUCAGGCCUGACCAAGCUCCAGGACUUUCAUGCGGCCAGCUUCUCCGUCAACAACAUCCUGGAGCUCGACGACCUGACGACAGACAGCUCCGCCAUGUUCGCCAGCACGGACACUCACCUGCCUCACCAGCACCCUCACGGUGCACAUCCACACCCUCACACGCACGGUCACCAGGCAGCCUCCAUGGGUAUGCACAUUCCCAUACAACCCCCACAGUGUUCGCUCGGCCUCUCCAGUGGUCCUCCCACUCCCCAGGGUGGGAGUCCAGAGGAUCUACACAUUUCUGAUCGAACCAACGACGCCAACAACAACAACUCGGACGACGAUAAGAAGGACGACGCGGAGAGCCGCCGGAAGCGGAAGCAGCGCCGCAACCGCACGACCUUCAACUCCACGCAGCUGGCGGCCCUGGAGCGGGUCUUCGAGCGGACUCACUACCCUGACGCCUUCGUCAGAGAGGAGCUUGCACGCCGGGUCAACCUCAGUGAGGCCAGAGUGCAGGUAUGGUUUCAAAAUCGCCGAGCUAAAUUUCGUCGCAACGAGAGAAACCUAAUGGCCCAGCGUCAGUCCAUGUACGGAGCUGGGGCGAGGGGGGCCCUGGAGAACACCCCCAUCGAACAGCCCAUCACUCCGCGCCCCACCCCCAUCAACAGCGACUACCUGACGUGGCCGACACCGCCGGCGUACGGCAGCUCUUCCGCCACCACGUCCAGCUGCGCCCUGGUGAACCACUCAUACUCGCCCUCGGCUCACGUGGGCUCCAGCCUGGCGUGCCUGAGACUCAAGGCGCAGGAGUUCAAUUCCGCCCUGCAGCACUCGCCGUACGGCCCGCAUCAGAUGCCGCAGUAGACGCAGACGUCUUCUCUGGACACAGCAGGCCAUCACAGACAUUUCUCACAAUCAUGCAUGUAGGAAACUCUUUCCCGCUGUUUGUCCUUCAAGAAGUUUGCCAUAUCGUUCGGACCGAGAGGCCGGAGGGCGGUGUUGUACAGUAGUUGUGCAGUUUUGUACAUGUAUAAAAAAAAAUAAUCCACGACGGAUUUUGUCGUUGGAAACGCUCUACAGCUCGACAUGUUUUCAAACAAGAGGCUUUCCUUUCUAUCGAAGUGCUAGUAGUGUUUUAUAUUAUUGUACAAUCAGACUAUGGUCUAGAGGGUAAAAUCAGUGUGAUCCACUGACUGAGAUCAUGAUGAGGGCACCGUGCCCUACACACGAUAAACUGUGACAAUCAGGACCCUACAGUGAAGCUGUGAGAUAGCAGACGACAGUUCUUUGGUAAGAGGGUUUUGAAGGCACAACGAGACGAGGUAAGGUAAAACACAAUAUGGCGACAUGACAGUGCCCUGUGAUCAACAAACGAUCGAAAUACAGAGUGACUAAUCUCUCCACCUGAAACAUCACAAGAGCCGCGAGUGUCAAAGGAGACUUCUGGCCCCUGAUUGACCCUUGCCCUUCCAGUGAAUUUAAUGCACAAGAUGGCGUCUUGAAACCGUUUAUGAACCUUAAAGUAAAUAUUUUCUUAAAAUGAGAAUUGUUAACUCAAGGAUAGUGCUUUAGAAGAUGAACAAGUCUCUCAUAGAUUCAAUGGGAUGUCGAGAGAAAGCUCCACCUAGCGAGUAAGCUCAGGAUGACACAGUCUGUGGCCUUCAUCAACAUUUUGUAGCUCAGCACCUGACCGGCUGCUACACUCAGGUCCUGCCUACCUUACUGUCCACAGAAAGGACUGGCAAUGUCCACAAGACAAUGGUGCUGAGAGAUUUUGAUAUUUUAUUGCGCGCAAUCCUUCAAGUCUUGAACUUUACUAGUGCCUUUUUGAACGAUCAUCAGUGAAAACAAAUUUUGUUGAAUUGUUGGGCUUCAGAACAUGAAUAUAUUUUCGGAAUGAGUUAAAGACGGUGCCUUCCAUAGACAGUACUUCACACUGGCGAGUGGCUGUUGCUACAGGUCAGUGUGAAUUCUUUGCCAUGACUGACAUCUGACUGGUGCCUUGGCCUUCUGGGCAGCUGGCAAAGCUGUUACUGUCAACCAGUCAGCAGCCAAACACAUCGGAACUGUUUGUUAAAGAGAUCUGCUGUAUAACGGCAACGUUCACGUGCUUGAUCGCGUCAGAAAUUCACUCACAGACCACACACACCAACACACAGACAAACACCCACACACAGACAGCGUGUGAGAGAGAGAGUGAAAGCCAUGUUGUUACCUACCUGAGAAAUACCUGAUGGCGUUAUUUCAUCAGUGGUGAUUAACAUAACGGUAACAGGGACAGGAGGGGCGAACCUGGAAAGAGAUGCAAGUGUCUGUAGAUAGUUGGCAUAGCCCGGAUAUGCGUCGCCUUGCAGACAGUUUGUCAGAUCAGGUUAGGUCACAUGUGGUGACGUAUAUCAUUGACAGAUCAGGUUAGGUCACGUGUUGUGAAGUGUGUCAUUAUCGGAUCAGCUUCUCUAGGUGAAGUGUAUUACUGCCACAGUGUGUCAUAUUAGACAUCUGGCAUGCUGUAGUACCUGGACAAACCUCGUGAUGCCAGUUUGUCAGUGACAUUUGUCAAUUGAUGGGUGCUUGAUCUUUAAAACUCACAAUAGCGCAAUGUACGCCAUGUACACACACAGUAUCUCAAUCAUGUCCACACACAUGUCCUCUGUCCAUGUAAGCAUUCAUCUCUACGCAAUAUACACAACCAUGACAAUCAUCUCCACACGUAAUGUCCAAACAAUGCCCCCGAUCAUGCCCACACACAAAGCUCACACUCGUGCUUACAUACAAUAUAUACACUCAUGUCUUCUCACCAUGUACACAAUCGUGUCUACACACCAUGUACACAAUCGUGUCUACACACAAUGUACACAAUCGUGUCUACACACAAUGUACACAAGUAUGUCUACUUUUUCCAAAGUAUUUACACGAGAACGCUUGCUAUGUCUUGUACACUUGUUUACCAGUAAGAGGCCGGAGAUGUUUUACCCUUCCUCACCAAGUUAUGUAUAACCCUGUUUCCAAACACCCAGUCGUGUCCGAGGACGUGUGCACGUGCUUACUACUGCUCUUACGAUGACGUCAGCCGAGCUGCUACAGAGAACCCCACGUGCAAUACUGCCCUCGUCUGCCCUCAUGUUAACCUCGGGGUUUCCUCGUCCCCCUGCUCAGCAAUAUCUUCCCCAGGGUAGGACGCUAUCAGAACUUGUUCUACCCAUGCAUCAACUACACACAUGGUCAAACACACUUGUGGUAGAUAAACGAAGUCAGUACGUGUUGUCCUCCUUUAAAAAUAUCACAUAUUGUAAGUAUUAAUAUUUCUCUCGAAGAAUCCAAGUCAUUAAGAAUCCUUCACAUAUAUCACUGUAGUCUCGAUGGACGAUGACUGAUGUAUGUACAGCAGCACUGCACAACAGUGUUUGGUGUGGAACUGGCCGAGGGAGGCCAUGUUAUUCGCAGUAAGAAAGAUAUAUCAUCGAACAUAACCAAUAUGCACAAAACCUUGACAAACGUAUUAACUCUCCAAUUUACACCUCUGCACAAAUUCUUUUAUACACAAUGUCAGGGUUUUUUACAUUUCUGUGUUUUUCUCACCUUAAUCAUUAUAACGUGUUACAAAUGUGCUAAUUUUGAUGUGAAUCCAGAUAUACUCGUGUUUCUAGUCAUACAACGCUGUGUUGAGUAAUUUAAGGAAGAUAAUCGCACCUGAGGGUAGAGGUGCGGCGUGACAUUGUGUCUGCACCGACGUGGACUCAUAAUAUCGGUGAAAAAAGUGGUUCACCUGAAUGCCAUUAACCUCUGUCCCAUGUAGAUUUCUUGUUCGUACUAGUUUGUCUGUCGCUGGUGUAGUCAGCCCAUUACCAAUAAAUGGUUUCUGUGUUACGUCUUGA